AAAAUUGUGAGCAACCUCAGGUGCUAAAAGGAAAGCAGCAGGGCAGCACAGCGAGAGCAAAGGCUGUGGGGUAGACCACUUGCGCACAGCAUCGUGGGAGGAUAAGGCAGCAGAGCACAGUGGGAAAUGCUGGCAGAACCCGCAUUCCUAAGUAGAGCAGCUUGUACUUGCUUAAAAUGGCAAUCUUCUACCAGAAAUACCAAUAAAUCCCAUGCUAAGCUUCUUGUAUACUCGAGAAUUCGCCCUUCUCAUUCCAUGGAUGACGAGAACAAGGUCUACAAACAACCAGUUAGUACCUUUGCCGGCCGAUUGGUUCCUGAGAAAGCUAAAGGUUGAAGAGGCAAAACUGAUCUCACAAUUGGCAGAGGUGGAAGGCAUCAAUUAUCAACUUUUUAAGCAAGCAUGCAGAGCAUCUUUAGAUGUGAACAAGUUCUUGGAUCAGUAUGAGAUGGUGAAGCUUCUUAAGGGGCCAUAAGAUAUGGAGGGAGCUUGUGUAAUUAUUAAAGCUGGAUCUGGAGGCCUUAAUGCGGUUUGAUUCUCAUUGUUUUCCAUCUAAAUUUAACAUAAAAAAAAAUAAUAAAAAAGUUUUAUCUUCUUGAUCUAUGAGAUGAAAUGUGAUGUGCCUUCAAGUUUCAGACAUCAUUAAUCCUUGUUCUUAUAGAAACAAAUAUUGAUGAAUAAAAUCUAGCGUGCUCACAUUCUGAUGCGGGAAAAUGUAUUGUGUGUAUGUAUUUUUGUCCUUGCUUGAGGACAUUAUUGGUUGGGAUUGUCCUUUCAAUCAUAUGAUAUGGCAUCCUUUUUUAAAUAAUUGAAGAAUUUUUUGUGUGGUUUUAACAUUUAUUAGUUGAUCCAGGUCAAGAGUUUUUGCUUAGCAUGGAAUUGGUUGUAAUACCAGUGGAACCAUUUUGGCUUCAAUCUUGCUAACAUCAGAAGAUUUCAAGGCUUGUUCAUUUCCCUAACCUGUUUUUUAUUUUCAACCUGUCUGAGCCAUCUAAUCUCUUUUUUGUUUGGCAGCAAGAAGUAUAUUCAUGCCCUGCCCGUACAAAACAUGCAUUAGCCUAAUUGUUGCAGUUGUCUUUCCCUGUAAUCACUAAUCACUCUUGUGAUAGUUGAUAAUUUAAUAUGCUUAUGCAAUGACUUUGAAGAUUUGAUUUCUAGUUGUAAAUUAUUUUUGGCCUUUUUUGGAAAUUCUAUACAUUUCUUCUUUAUAUUAAAUAUUUCGAAAGUUAUGAUGUUCCAAAUUUGAAUUGUUAACAUUUCCUCCCCAACUCCACAACACAACACCAGCGGCCCCCCCCUCUUCCCUUCCUUUUCCUCUUUCCCCUUGUUUAAUAGCUUAGAGCAUGUUUAAUUUUAGUUGAGAAGCAUCCUCCUGUGAUUGGAUAUGGCGGUAUCCUAUUGUUGGUAACUAUUGAGUUUGAAUUUGAGUGUGCAUAAGGCUAUCUCUCAAGAGAGAGAGGCAUUCAUCGCAUGAUAAAUGCUCAAAAUGGGCCUGCUCAGUAUGAGGUAAGCUACCCAAAUUUCUUUUUGUACUUAAAUUAAUGAAAGGAUAGGCUAAAAGUAUGCCUUGUUUAGAAGAAUCUUUGAUCCUCAAGUUCCUAACAUGAGUUAAUAUUUUUCAUUUAACUUGUGAAAUGUUUGUUUUUGUCAAGCUUUCAUUUCUGUAAUAAAGCUAAAAAUUAAAACCAGUAUUUUUUUUUGAAAGUUAUUGUUUUAAUCGUUUGAAAAUAAAUUGAUGGCAUAAGCAGAUAGCUAAAUCCGUAUCACCAUGAUACUGACCUCUAAACUGUGAAUAACAACAAUUCUACUGGCUGUGAACUUUGGCAUUUUCUUUUCAGGGCAAGGCAUGUGAAAAUAAUAAGGAAGACCGAGUAUGAGUAUCCUAGCUACUUGGUCAUCAGCAAAAAACUCCUUGAAUAGAAAUUUUCAUCUCCUUGGUUCAAAAUUACAUAAAAACUAUAGCAUACAUUGUCAAAAUCUAAGCUUUGUCUGUGUCAUUCCUGCAAGAAGAUGGCACAUUGCUUAAGAGUUGCUAUAACAGGUUUGUAACUGUGUAUGAAGUUAUUGUAAAAAGUAAGAAAUGAUGACUGAGUGCUUGGCCCU